CCGUGCUCCGAGUGAAGAAUGGGGCGUCGAAGCUGCCCAAGCCGCAGGCGGCAGCCGAGACCCCCGGCAGCGCCCCCGGCCCCGGGCUCUUCAUGGAGCGCUCGCAGAGCCGGCUCAGCCUGUCCGCCUCCUUCGAGGCCCUGGCCAUCUACUUCCCCUGCAUGAACAGCUUUGACGAGGAGGACGCGGACGGGGAUGGCCGGAGACUAAAAGGUGCUAUCCAGCGGAGCACAGAAACUGGUCUGGCUGUUGAAAUGCCAAGCCGGACGGUCCGUCAAGCCAGCCACGAAUCCAUUGAAGACAGUAUGAACAGCUAUGGAUCUGAAGGAAACUUGAAUUUCAGUGGAGUCCAUCUGGCAUCUGCUGGGCAGUUUAGUGACUUCUUGGGGAGCAUGGGUCCUGCACAAUUUGUUGGUCGUCAGACCUUGGCCACCACCUCUAUGGGAGAUGUGGAAAUUGGUUUACAGGAGCGAAAUGGACAGCUAGAAGUGGAUAUCAUUCAGGCACGAGGACUGACCCCCAAACCCGGCUCCAAAACCCUUCCAGCUGCUUACAUCAAGGCAUAUCUACUAGAAAAUGGAGUGUGCAUUGCAAAAAAGAAGACAAAAGUGGCUCGAAAAUCAUUAGACCCCCUCUACAACCAGGUGUUACUGUUUGCGGAGAGCCCACAAGGCAAAGUAUUACAGGUGAUAGUCUGGGGGAACUAUGGACGCAUGGAGCGCAAACACUUCAUGGGAGUUGCCAGGGUUCUCUUGGAAGAACUGGAUUUGUCAACUUUAGCAAUUGGCUGGUACAAGCUUUUCCCUACCUCCUCGAUGGUAGAUCCCACUACAGGUCCGCUUCUGCGCCAGUCUUCACAGCUUUCCUUGGAGAGCACAGUGGGACCCUGCUGUGACAGGUCUUAAUGAGCAAGGAAGGGGGGAACUGUUUCUGUUUUUUAAACAUGCUGUCAAGGUUUUGUUUGCUGGAACUCUGACCUCAAGUGCAUUGCAUGUUCAAUCAGUUCUUGAGGAGCUGGAAGAGUGACCUUAGACAGAAGAAAAGGGGGAGGGCCAUAUGCCCUCUCCAGCCAAGUAGCAGGUGCCACGGGGCAUGAGUCCUAGCUGUGAAAUUAUACAUACACCUCGUUUCACUUCUCUGGGUGUCAUUUAUGCACCCUUGUUUCAGAUCAGUAUUAACCCUAAAAAAUUGCAGCAUUUUUAUUUUAUUUUUUUGAGCAGGGAAGAUAUUUUUCUUAACUUUUUUGUUUUAGAAAUUCAUAAAAUAUAGAAUUUUUUUUUUGACAAUGCCUGAAAGAUUGGAAAGCAAACAUCUGAUCUGAAAAGAGCAGGAAUGGACCAUUUCACGGGAUUUUUUUUUAUAAGAUCUAUCUCCUUACAAAUCCGUAAAAAAAGAAAAAAGGAACUACAACUGUCUUUAGAAAAAAUUCCACAUCAGAAUCGUGUUAGCUGUAAAACGAUUGUUGCCAUGGUUUUAAACUGUGCCAAAUUACCAGCAAGUGUCUUUAAUACAGUACUGGCUAACACUGCUGCUGAAGCAUGUUUGAUGGGAAUACAAGUGGACUAUGCUUUGGUUAGACCGGACAGUUCUAAUGGAGGAGGUGAGCUAACUAAUUAGCUGCAAUUCUGGUCACUGGAAAUGUGAGUCAAACAUCAGACUUGCAGUUUGAGAUGUGAUUUAAUAGCACAUUGUCAGAUACGACAUUUCACAAUUUACAAACCCCCAUAGUUUUUGCUGCUCAUUCCUCCAUCAUGGUGGUUUCUAGCUUCUGCAUUCUGUUCCUUCUUUCUGGGUACAUAUCUUGUGAAGUGCCACCUUCCUCUGCUAACACACCAUGCUAUGAACUGACCUGAAAUAAUACCAUUUUAUUCUACUACAGGGAAGGAGGCUGUUGCAAAGAAAAACCUCAGUUUGCCACCCAAGAAGGGGUGCUAAUGAGCACAUGCCUCUCCUCUCUUAAAGUUGUGUUGCUUAAGGCAAUCCCAUUAACACACAGGCAUUGUCAAGUGAACCACAAGAGAAGGAUGCCUUCCCCAAAGUACAGGCACAGGAGAGCAGUUGGGGAAAUCUAACAGACAUAGUAGUCACAUGUAUAUUUUGUUGACUAAGAACAGCAAAAAGGCGCAUCAGAUGUUAAUUGUAGAGCAAAUCCUGUAGGUUAAUACAGUAAAGAAAAGUACUAUACAUUCUAUCAGCUGCUAAGCAGAGAGCAGCUUUCUCAAACAGUCACAUGUGCUAGAUUAGUGGGGUAUUUCUCUAGAUAUAAUAGAUCAUUCAGGUGAUUCAAAAUCUUAUGCUUGGAGACACCCAUUCCCCAAAACUGUGGAGCAUUUUUAGGAGUCUGGACUAUCUCAAAGAGUUAGUGGCAGUUAAGCUUUUUCUGCUAGGGGUUUUUCUCGUAAUUUUUAAUGAAGACUUCACUGCUGUCUUAAAGUGAUUUGCUAUUUUAGGUGCAAGGAAGUAUUUUAUUCUGUGACUUAAGAACCUGAGGUCCCCUGUAAUGUUUCGGAGCCAACGGAUUCCUGACCUGUCACUGCAACACACUGACAGUUUCUCCAUGCAGACCACAAAUAAGUAAGAAUAAAGCAUGAAGUUGCAUAAGAUGGAGAAUGUAAGCUGCUUAUGGUUAUAUCUGAGGGAUUUAAAAUGAUUCUGAAAUAAUUACAGAAUAGUAGCAAAUAUAAUGGACACAACAAUAUGCUUUGUAAAAACUGAUGUAAUAUGUGGGGGAGAGAGAGUACAUAAAUCUGAGAAUUUUAAGAGUCUUAAAGUGACAAGCUCCAACAUUUCAGUCCAAUCUCUUAAUUUCCUUUGACAAAUAUGUCUCUAGCCUCAGUCUAAUUAUUUUUUCUAACUGUAUUAGGCAAUUCUAUAUAUUAGCUAAAGAAAGUUUGUUGCAUGCUUUUUUUUAAAAAAAGCACAUUUGCUGUAAUUCAAGUCAACACUUUUCCUCUUGGUAUGUAGUAACUACUAGACAAUAUUGUACAAUAUGUGUAUGAACUAGAUUAGAUUAGGUAGAUUUAGUGGUUUGUAGCACUGGAUCUUUUAAUAACUUUAGUCUUUAAAAGGACUAUGAGAAAAUAUAAAUACAUUCCAAACCUAACUGAAUGACAGGGGUUUUAUCUUCAGUUGCUUUGAAAAUUUUAUAUGGGUAUUUUGUUUGGAUACUAUCUACCUGUAUAACUAGUUAGUAACAUUUUAUCUGUGUCCAGCAAGAGGCAUACAACGUUUUUCCCCAAAUUUUUUUGAUUGGGAGUGGGAGGAAUAAAUAUGCCAAAAAGCAUCUCAAGAAAUCUCCUUUUGGGACCAGCAGUUGGAAAGCUCAGUUCCUCCGUGAAUAGCAAAUUCCACAUUUUGGGAUCCCACCUCCUCCAAAAACUGCAAGCUCAAAUGUGAUUAGUUUAGUUCAAUAUAGGACUAUUCAACUCUAUAGACUGUUGUUUGUGCUUUUAAUCACAUUAAAAGGUCACUCAGAUUAAAACCCCUAUUUUUAAAAAUAUAUAUUUUCUCUUCUGUGUUAUUUUAUUAACACCAGACAUUAUUACAAUUGAAAGCUGUGUUUACCAUCUAUUUUACGCUGUCUUGCUUAUCUUCUGCAUUUCUCACAGCUUAGAUAGUGAUAAUAGACUAGUCAGUUUCAUGGUUUCUCGUGCACAAGGGGAAUGCUACAGUGUCUGAGUUUCAGACACUCAAGGAUUGUAUUUACAGCAAAUAAAAAUGUUUUUCACUGGGAUUAAAACAAAACAAAUCACAGAAACUCUUCUUAUGGUUCACAAUCAAAGAGCUUAAGGCCAGGGGAAACCAUUAUGAUCAUCUCUAGCUUUCUAGCAAAACCUCCUGCAUGCCUCAGGUGGGACAGUUUCACCCAGUACUUCUUGCAUUGAGCUCAAUAAUAUGUAGUUAGAGAGAAAAUCUUGUAGCUAGAUAUCCUGUCUUGAUUUAAGGACUCUAAGUGAUGGAGAGUUCAGCAGGGUCUUACGCUUGGAAAAGUUGAUUUUUGGAAAACUAAACUUUUUGGUCAGAUUUGACCCAACAGUCUCUCUCUAAGAUAACGUGAUAUGGUAGCUCUAACUUUUUGCCCUGGUCACUUUGAGUUUGUUAAAGUAGCAUUUGACUAGAGCAGCUAGCAUCUGAAUCCUGAACAAAGGUCCACAAAACAGUUGUUUUGUGUCUUAAAUCUAGGUGUUAGUUAUGUUCUGUUUUUAAGCAAAUGAAUUGAUAAUGUUUUUGAUCUGAGUAAAUAUGAGGGGUGGGUAUGGGGACAGAUUAUUGUGUGCUCAGCACAGGGCUAAUUCUCCAUUUCUUCCCUACCUAAAGCUGCCCUUAACGUUCAUGGGAGGUUCAGUUGCAAAAGGAAUGGGGGGUCAAUCCCUGGAUGUUACCUUCUUUGCUAUCUAUCCUUUUGCUUUAAGGAAGUGAUGAUGGUUAUAUCCCUAAGGGCAAAAUGACCUUUCCUGAUGGGAAUUUCAUGAACAAGGAGAGCAGAAUAUUGGAACUGAAACCCGUUGUACAGAUUUCCCUUGUUUGUAGUGUGAACACGCUGAAGUUGUGACUAUGUGAUCAGUCCUGGCUUUUUCAGGCCAAAGUGUGAUUUUUCCAAUCUCCUGGCAUUGCUUUCUCCUUGCCCUGACCCAGCUGGCAUGAUAUAGAGACAAAAUAAGGUGCUGAUCUUGUAGUUGAAUCCAUUGAUUCAGAUUCUAGCACCUCCACGGAUCUAAGCAUAAGGGUUUGUCUGUGUGGAUCCAGUUGCAGGAUCAGGGCUAAGCAAACUUUGGGCUGCCUGCCCAACCUAUGCAUCCCAACUUCUUGGCAAAGGAUUUUUGAAGGAAAAUCACUGAAUUCUUUGAGUGACUAUAUAUAUUUAAUGUUUUUAAUUACUGGAUCCUUUAUCAAGGUACUGUUUAAAAGUUGUAGGUUUUCUGGCGUCAGACUGUCACUAGUUCGUAUAAAGGAACCAUUUAUAACGUUGAAACAGUUAGCAGAAUCUCAACCAAAGCAUGUUUGGUAAUGUGUGGCCAGCAAGACAACUUUUUAUGAAAUUCAUUUUAAGUUAGUUUAUUACAUACUGUUAUUAAUAUUUUACAACAGGAGAAAUAUUUUUCUUUAAAGACAAAAUGAUGUAUGAUUUUUAACUGACAUAAUUUAGCAUUUUCAAAAAUGUUUUAUGAUCUUGGUAUGAAGUUUACUCAUUCUUUUGAGUCAUAUGUUCCAUGUUAUAUUUUAUCAACUUUUAAAAAAAAAAAAAAACAACAAAAAAACAGAUAUGUAAAUAAUUACCAGGAAAGAGUCCUAUAGAACGUUCUGUAAACUGAUCAUUGAAUUGUUAGAAAUAUUUGUUACUGUUCAUAAAGUCUCAGCUGCUAUCCAAGCCUUUGUUGAAGAAAUUGAUGUAGUAUUUUCAAGAUGAAAACUACUUAGCUAGUUUUGUCGUAACCCUGUCUUCUGUAUAAAAAUCUUUUUAUAAAAAGUCUAAAUAGGCUAACAAGCAAUAAUAUAUUCCAUUUAAUGUGCACAGAUUGUGACUUGCAGGCUGUAGUACAUAUUGUUAACAGUAGAUAACUGUCUUAUUAAAUACAUCACUUCUGAAAAGAUCCAUAUUAAUUUAGAAUAUAUGGUUAAUAAAAAUGAAGAUUGGCCUACUGCCAUGUGAGAAACAUUCGUUACAAUAUAGACUCUGGGUAAACAAAUUUGCUCAUUGACAAAAGAUCUUUUGAUGAAGAAUGAAAUGCAACUGGAAGUGACUUCAUACUACAGUUUUUAAAAUACUUUGUGUAUAAACUUUAUGAAUAUUUCAGUCUCUCUGAUUUUCUUGGACUAUUUGCAAUUUGUAACUUGAUGAGACUGUUUCUUCACUGCCACUGCAGCCCCCACCACUGCAGAGCUUUUCGUUCUGGGGUUGUGCCAAUUCUGCUCUCUAGUUGCCUGUUUCAUUUAGAAUACCACAGACAAACUAAAGGGAGAUUUUUUGGAGUAGCAUAUUGAGCUGUUCAUUGAAGGCUCUGGGGUGGGUGGGAGGUUGGGGGUGUUGUCCCUUUCAUUUAUGGUAUUUGUCCAUUAAAAAUCCCACUGAAGAUGGAGAGCAUGCACCUUUGUAAAGUAUAACAUGGGCUAAUGUAUAAAUUAGUGACAGAAUAGUGUGUUCAGUUCCACAGCAAGUUAAAUAAUGCUGGGUUGAUUUAAUGACUUUCCAAGCUGUCAGGAAUAAGGCUCUGUUAGCUUUUAAGAAUGUUUUGACUUUAAAUUCAAGAUAUAAUGUAUCAAAUACAAUUCUCAAUAGAGAAUCUAAACUCAAUACUUGUAAAUUUUGCAGGCCAUCGGGUACUUCAUGAAGAAAUCCCCAUGUUGAUUUAAAAAUCGCCAAGCUGCUGUCCAGGUAGACUGCAGAACCUAGCAGAAUAACACUGGGAGCCCCAAUGACUAGUGGAACAUUAACUGGCUAUUGUUUGGGCAGUGUCUGGAAGAUGUAAAGAGCAUUGUAAAUGCAAAGUACCAUGGUUGUAGUGUUCAAAAGAUACACACAUUAUAGCAGCUAUACUUAAAAAGAUGAAGGGCCAAAUUCAGACAAAGGGUAAGCAGGUAAAGUGGAGUUGCAUCCACUUGCACCAUGGCUGAAUUUGGGCCAGAUACAAAAGGGGUUUAUUGAAAGAGUCUAUAUUUACACAUAAUGUAUACACAUGCUAACCUGGAAAAUAACAGCCAGGAGAGAAUUCCUUGUAGCUUUAGUUUCAUUUAAUGUGGUAUAGCCUCUGAAACCAAGGAGGAGGCAGAGAGGAGCCAGCACCUUACAGAGCACCAGCAAAUACAGUUUAGGACCCAACUAUUCAUCCUUUUUGUGAUUUACUAUAUCUAGAAAUACAGCCAAAGCUAGAAAUUAAAAGCAAAACUUUGCAGUGUAAACAGCUGGACUGUGCAUUUACAUAGUAUUGGCUGUGAGAUGAGUUCACUGGUGAGAGAAAGGCUUAUCUGUUGUAUGCCAGAUCCGGGGACAAGGGGCUCCCCAGUGCUGGGAUUGAAGUCCAUCCACCAUGCAGUGAACAGCAGCCUAUCAAAGGGACCAAUCCUGCGGUCUUUACUCAGGCGACAUCACCACUGAAGCUAAGCUCUAUUAGCUGAGUAAAGGCUGCAGCAUGGGACUCUAGCACCAUAUUUGAAAAGGCAUUUAGGCACCUGAAGAGCAAGAUAGGCAUCUAGUGUCUUAACUCCCAUAGGUGCCUAAUAGGAUCAUUUUAGGCACCUAAAUACUUUAAAAAAUUGCCCCAAGGUGGUUACAUUUCUGAUCUACUAAAGCUGCUUAUUUUUCUGUUUCAAUGAAUUGUUCUAAAACUUAAUGUUUUGAAAUAUUUAGAGGUUGGAAACAGUGUGAAUUGUGGGGGGGGGGGGGCAAUCCAAGCUCAAGAACAUAAAAGGGCCGUUCCUGUUAGCUAGCUCCUGACCCACCAUGAAACCCCUGAUGAUUUCUAAUGCCGCAAGGGGAGAAAUAUCCAGCAAGUUAGUUAAAACAUGUAGCCCUGGCCUUCUCCGUGCAGGGACUGCUGUCAUCCCCAAGCAGGGUGAGAAUGCAAGGCUGCAGGGCACCGUCAUCCCUGGGAUCAAAGAUGGAGGCAGCUUCUUGCAAAACUGUUUCAAAUUAAAAAGCAUAGGGGGAUGCACUGCCCCAUUGGUGAGUGAACCAGAUCAACCUGCAGUGCCCCCAUGGCAGCUCUGUACUCAGAUCAAUGGCAGGAUCUUCCACUGUAACUGCCAUUGGGGGUCAGUAUUAAUGGGAGAUAGGAGUAUCUAGCAAGUAUAGCACUGAUCCCAUAGGCUCCAAUGCCAUGCAAAUAAAAGGGGCUAAAGUAGAUUGAAACGGAAGCGCUCACUCUCUCUGGUUUUUGCUGUGCUCCCCCACUUUCCCUGUGGAAAUUUGCUUUUGGGCUCAGCCCCAAAUCCCCAGCUCUAGGUUCCCAAACCUUAUUCUAAAUGGGCAGGAAGAGUAGGGGCUGACCAUGGCUCCAGCUA